CACAUUGAAUAUUUUCCAUGUGUCUGAUUGUUGCUGAUCUUGUUUUGGUAAUAAGAGACCUUGGCAACAAAAACUCUAGAGGAGAAAUAGAAUGGGAGGAAAUGAUACUUGCUCAAUUUAGCUGGGUCUUUUGUCUUGUGCCAUUUCCUCUCAGGAAGCACAUCUGUUUGCAAGAUAAAUUAUGCUUUGUAAUGCAAAAGUAGUUUCACACACAGCAUGUUGUGUUUGCAUGUGUGCUUUGUUAGUUACUCCACUUUUCCUUAUGUUUAUACAUUUCUUUUAUUCAUAUUUCAUGAUGUACCUUGAGCGCAACAGUGUACCCGCUGCUCUAGAAUUUCGAAGGACAUCGUUAUUGGCCUCUAUAAGCCUCUGCACCCUGUCUGAAACACGUCUCUAUGCGUGUGUGUGCUUUGGGUGUGUGUGAGAACAGCGCACCUCAUGGUGUUGAAAAAUGAAAGUGAAGUACUGAAUGAAAUUGAAGAGAAAGAUCAUUAUAAGAAUCAUGAUGAUUUCAUGAUUGGAGAAAAAACCUUUAGCUGCUCACAGAACGAAAAGUCUCCUUCACGAAAAAGGUCUCGAAAGACUGGAACUAAAAGUUAUUUCACUUGCCAACAGUGUGAAAUGCGUUUUAGUCAACAUAAAAAGCUAAAAGUCCACAUGAAAAUUCACACAGAAGAGAAGCCUUAUACCUGCCAACAGUGUGGAAAGCGGUUCGCUUACAAAGUAAGCCUUAAAAGGCACAUGAGAAUUCACACCGGAGAAAAGCCUUAUAUAUGCCGUCAGUGUGGAAGGAGUUUCAGUCAACCUGGAAACCUUAACGUCCACAUGAGUGUUCACACUGGACAGAAGCCUUUCACCUGCCAACAGUGUGGGAAGAGUUUCAACCGAAAAGGAAACCUCAAUUCCCACAUGAGAAUUCACACUGGAGAGAGCCUUUUCACCUGCCAACAGUGUGGAACCAGUUUCACUCAAAAAGUAAGCUUUAACAGACACACAAGGAUUCACACUAGAGAGAAGCCUUAUACCUGCCAAGAGUGUGGAAAAAGUUUUGAUCAACAUGAAAACCUAAAAGUCCACAUAAGACUUCACUCUGAAGAGAAACCCUACACAUGUCCUCAGUGUGGAAAGAGUUUCAAUCAAAAAGGACACUUUAAAGACCACACGAGAAUUCACUUAGGAGAGAAACGCUAUAUAUGCCCUCAGUGUGAAAAGAGUUUUAAUCAAAAACGACACCUUGAAGACCACAUUAGAAUUCAUACAGGAGAGAAGCCUUUCACCUGCCAACAAUGUGGAAAACAUUUCAACCGAAAAGGAAUCCUUAACAGGCACAUGAGAGUUCACACUGACGAGAAGCCAUUUAUAUGUGGUCACUGUGGAAUGAGUUUUAAAUAUAAAGUAGGCCUUAGGUACCACAUGAGUAUUCACAUAUGAGAGAACUGUUUAUAUAUAUUAUCAGUUUGGAAUUUGUUUCACUGACCGGAAACCUUAUGUUUGUGAGACAUAAUUAGCUGGUUACUGUUACAGUACUAAAUCACCUCAGAGGGUAAAAUUCCCUGAUUGAUUAGUCAAAUGAAGAAUAAACUAGUUACAAUUUUACAGACUCACUAGUAGGGCUAUGUUUUGACACAAAUUUCACGAUUCGAUUCGACACUCAUUCACAAGCUUUCGAUUCGAUUCGAUUACCGAUUCGAUUCGAUAUCGAUUAUUUUGGAUAUAUAUCAGGUACAGUCCCUGAUAGCAACAGACUCCGGGGCGGAUCCGCCCUCAAGUCGGCAGCUCCGCUGUACUGUCAGACUCUGUUCGGUCAUUCGCCCAGAAUAUGCCCCGCCUCCGGACACCGCACUGUCAGUUAGCGGACUCAUUAUGGACACGGCGUUUUUUUACCGGUGCCAUCUUAGAAAUCCUCCUCAGACUGGAGAAGCCACGGUUUGCCAGGUUGAAGAAGACUGAACUCGCUUCACAGCUCAUUCAAGUGCUCCAGUCUGGUUUUUGAUUCUACUUCAUCCUUCGAUAUUCUACUUCAUCUUUAAAAGUUAUCGUAGUCAGCCGGAUCCGGUCCGUAUCCAGAUCAGAUGAUGGACCUGCACCCUGAGACCACCACAAUGCAGCCCUGAAUGUCAGUGAAGACCACGACAAUUGAACAUCACGACUGGACUGGCAUCAGCACAGAUCCUCAGCAAAGACCACGAGAAACAGACAAGUCCUCUGCACAGACCCCUAUGGCCAGCAAUGAACGUGUCAGGCCAGGAGCUGCUAGGACCACAAUGCAGUUUUAUCCUGCUUAUAGUCACUGUUAAUCCAGUCGUCCACUACUGGCUAAACGGCAGCCCUGCUGGACAGACUACAAUUUCUCCUCUGAUCAAAUGACAGUGUGACGUAUCCUGAUCUUCAAGCAGUAGGAGCUGGAUGAAGUAUUCUGAAUGACAUCAGUCCACAGUCUCACUAGUGAUGCAGCCUGAAAUCAUAAUCACAUCAUCUUUGUUCAUUUACCCAGAGGAGAGCUGAGCUGACUGCUCCUGGUUUCUCCCAAGCUGUUUUUUCUUCGUUUUAGUCACCUGCUGGAGUUUGGGUUCCACUGUCACCUCUGGCUUGCUUAGCUGGGGUUUAAAAGACACUGACUAUUCAAGAAUAAUAUUGAUUUGAUUGUACUGACACUA